AUAGAAAAGUUUUGAAAACCCUGGAAUUGCAAUUGCUUUUGUUGACAACAAAUUUAACCUAAAAUAAAUGUCAAAUGUAUUAUUUGUAGAACAACCACUCACAGUAUAAUUAUCCAAAAAAAUAUUCAGAUAUUUAAAAGAAGUCUAAAUAUUGUUUUGUACCAAUAUGUCUCUGAAAUUAUAUUUUGAUUUAAUGUCUCCACCUUCAAGAGCGCUCUUUAUAUUCUUGAAAGCAGCAAAAAUUCAAUUUGAACCUUGCAUAGUAUCACUGGGCGAAGGUAAGAAUUUAGCACCUGAAUUUGCAAAAAUAAAUCGGUUUCAAAAACUACCAUGCAUUGAUGAUAAGGGCUUCAAACUUGCUGAGAGAAGAACACUGGUAUCCUCAAGAGGCACAAAAACAAGCUUUGGUAGAUGAAUUUUUGGAAUGGCAGCAUAUCGGAUUAAGAUUACCUUGCGGGAUGUAUUUUAUAACAAAGUUUUUGACGCCGCUAAAAACAGGUAAAUUUGCAAGUCCCGAAGAAAUUAAAAAAAGUGAGCAAAGGAUGCACGACGCUUUGGAAUCGUUUGAAAAUCUUUGGCUGAAAGACAGGACAUACAUGGCUGGAGACCAAAUAUCAA